AUGAAGCUUCUCCUCCUAAUAACAUUUGCCGCAGCCAUCUGCUAUGUGAGUAUCUGUUCAUCUGUAGGGCUUUCUGUCUGACAAACUAAACAGUUCAUGUAACUUCUGCUCUUUCAAUUUGUUGCAGGCCAAGGCAGACAAAGUAAGACACAUUCAUUACGAUAAAGUAAAGAUGAUUUGUUCCAUAAUCUCUGAAGGCUCAUGGUUAAUGUCUUAAGUUGUUUGUCCCCCUGUUACGCAGUCACACAGGCUGUUGGCGGCCAUCAUGGCAGGUAUGAACGGAGGAAUGGCGAAUGGAGUGAUACCUAUCAGGAUGGCUGGAGGCCUGAACCCUCCGAUGGUGGCUGUUGGUGGGGCAGGUUUUGCAGCACAGCCACAGUUUGCACAGGUCAGUCUGCCAUACAAAAAUGUACCGCAAUAAUCAAACUACACCACUGGAUGGUGCUCUUCUGUUGUCUUUCUUCAUCUUUACUCGUGUUAAGAACAGACAAAAAAACUGAACACUUCAGUUAAAGUUUAAUUGGCUAAACUUAAACAGCAGUUGGAAUACAACGAUUUCAGAACAAAUAUUCAGUCUGAUUUCCUAAAUCAGCAGUACAGGUGAACUCCAAUAACCCUGAUAGAAAUGUAAAGUAAAAUGAUACCCUCUUUAUUUCCUCCUAAGUUUGUUCCUGGAGCUACUGCUUACAUCGUCCCAGUCCCAGUUUCCAGUGCAUACACCCUUCCUGCAGGCAAUAACGUAAGUGUUGCACAUGUUGCAGAGAUGCCUUUCAUACGAUCAGGUAUUUUUCAGGUUUUAUAGAUCUGCCUUAUAUGUUUUCAGGUUCCUUUCAUUGGAGGCCCCAACAUUCCACCAAUGAAUCCUCCUCAGCAGCCUCUGAUGGUAUAAAAAAAUAUCACAUAUUGUAGGAUGACCUGAUGCGACUGCACAAAAAUACCUACAUCUUAUUGUUUCUGUUUAGGGGAUUGCUGGUGGCACCAUGCAGCAGCAGCUUGUUCCUCUGUCUGAUUCAUUUAGAAGAUUCAGGGUAAGUAAAAGUAAAAACAUUAAUGUCGACCAAUGCUCUUGAAAAACGCUCUGGCUUACUGUUGUUCUUUCACUCUGCAGCGUCAGAUAAGGAAACUAGGAAAUACUCUGACGACCACUGUGGAUACUCAGGUAAAACUGUGUGGAUUAAAAAGAAGAACAACAUUGCAAACAUCAUCAUAGGUUCAUGAUUUCAGUGCCUUUAAUUCCUGUGUAUUCACUCAGUGUCUGCCUCCUCCCCUUUAUUUCCUCAGAUUCCAGCUCCGACUGAAACACUGGCACCAACUGCUUGCAACAAAGAGGGCCACCAUGAAGACAACAAGAGUGUUACUAACAGCCUUUAA